AUGGCCGCAUCCCACAUUCCCAACCUGAACACACUGCGACGAGGCCGAGGUCGCGAUCGAGGCACGGGUCGCGCAGAUUCAACCGCCCCGUCUGGCAAAGACCGCGUUGUGCAAGGAACCGACAAUGACGCCAGCGUGUCCCGCCUCAGCGCUGUCGAGCUGGGAUACCUAGAAGAUGCAUAUGCAACGGCAUUGACCCCCCAGGGUCCGCGACACGGCGGCUCCCAAUUAUCAACAGAGCUCGUAGCUCGCUUUCUCGGUCCAUACUCGCCAGAAGUGCGGACACCCAAGAAACAGAUUAUCUCGUUAGGUGCUGGCUCAGAUACGCGGGUCUUCCGUCUUCUUUCAUCACGACAAGUACCGGACUUUGUCUACCAUGAGAUUGAUUUCGCGGUCAACACGGCUGCGAAGAUUCGCGCGAUCCGCUCGGCGCCGAUAAUGCAGCGCACGCUGGGAAUUGACUCGGAGAAGGACACUAAUAGCUCGGUGACGGUGUCGGAGGCCGGGGAUGCGCUUCAUUCGUCUGCCUAUCAUGUCCACCCUGUUGAUCUGCGAUCGCUAGCUGGUAGCAGUGAUCCCGGCGCAAUACUCCCUGGCGUGGAUACCAGUUUGCCGACUCUCUUGAUAUCAGAGUGCUGUCUUAUAUACCUGUCACCGACCGAGGCAGAGGAGGUAGUUUCCUUCUUUACGAAACGUCUCUUUGGCACAGAGGAUCCACAAGCACAGUCACCGCUGGGGUUAAUCCUCUAUGAACCUAUUCGCCCGAAUGAUUCAUUCGGCCAAGUCAUGGUCUCAAAUCUUGCGGCGCGCGGUAUCCAGCUCCAGACGCUCCAUCGAUAUGCAUCGCUCGAGGCGCAGCGGGGCCGGUUCCGAGAGCAGGGCUUUGGGAACGGUCAGGCAGCGGCUGAUAUUGAGUUUAUCUGGAAGCAGUGGAUUAGUGAAGAGGAGAAGGAGAGGGUUGCGGGCUUGGAGAUGCUGGAUGAGAUGGAGGAGUGGCAGCUUCUUGCGAGGCACUAUUGUAUUGCCUGGGGCUGGAGGGAUCGUGAGGAUGUUGCGGCUUUUGCUGGGUGGAAGGAUUUAGAGGCUCAGCAACGCGAGUAG